CAAAGAUACAUAAACACAACCAAAAAACGCCCGCCAUGUGUGGAUACGUCAGCACCUCCAUAGCCUCCGGCGAUUCGUGUCCAUGUCUCCUAUACUCCGACGACAUAGUGGCUUCUCCUCUGCAGCCGCAUGAUGAUCACCAACCUCAGUUCCUGCCUCCGCCGCCUCUUAUGAUGAGCCACCACUCGCUUUUCGUGGCAGAGACGGUUUCAGGGUUUGGUUACUUUGAUUCCGGCAUGAAUGGCGGUGGAAGCAGCGGCUGCGACUCGCCGAGCUCGAUGGGGAGCGGUGGAGAUAGUCUUAUUAUGCAGAGGAGUGCGAGUAGCCAUAAUGGCUUUUUCGGUAAUUUCGCGACGACGGCCCACGAUUUCGUUAAUGAUCAUGAUGGGCCAGUGAGAAGGGCCCUUAGCGCCGGAGAUCUACCCAGGAGUAGCAGAAGAGAGACCAGUGCGGUGUGGAGUGAAAGCAAUGCAAUAAUAGAAGGAAUGAGCAAAGCCUAUAAGUAUAGUCCUGAGGAGAAGAAAGAGAAAAUCGAAAAAUAUCGUAGCAAACGAAACCUUAGGAACUUCAACAAGAGGAUUAAGUAUGAAUGCAGGAAGACCUUAGCGGACAGUAGGCCAAGAAUAAGAGGAAGAUUUGCAAGAAAUGAUGAGAUGUCACAACAAGAACAAGUUGAUGUUAUUGAAGCCGUCGUUGGAGAUGUUGACACGUGGGCAUCGUUUCUGGACUCUUUCUCUGCUAAUCACUUCCUUAAUUAAUCUCUUGUAAUUAUAUUUAUGUUUUUUUCUUUUCUUAUACUUAUAUGUUUACAUA